AUGAUCAAUUUUCCUACUUUUUUUAUUUUGUUCUUCAUUCCAUGUUUUGUUGCAAAAGAUUGCGAUUCAAUCUGUAGAAAAUCUCUGCUAGAUUUCGAUCUUCAAAAUAGUAAAAGUGAAACACCUAUCAGACAAAACCAAACAUUUGAACUUGAUCAAUCAUUUUUCAAUUUCAAACUUGAAGAAAUCAACGAAAAAACCGGAAAUUUUCGAAUUUACGGAUUAGUUCAUCAAAUUUGGUACGAUUAUCGAUUGAUCAAUAAUGAUGUUGCUGAUGGAUGGUUCCAUUUCACACCAAUUGGUGUUUUGUGGACACCAAAGUUCUCGUCGUUUUCAGAGUGA